AUGGCAUCUCAUGGUUCUGUUCCGUCCGACGAUGAGAGCGAUACUAGCCCAAGCCAUUCUGAGGUUUUUUCGGACCACGCUUCCGACACUGAUUCCUCCACCGAGCCCAGCGUGUUCGACUUAAGUAGCGAGUCUGAAGACGAGUCCGAAGAUGAGUCUGAAGAUGAGCUGGUAUCGGAAGAUGAAGAGGAGCAACUUCCACCAGAAUACUACCUCCACGAAGCCGAGUUCUGCAAAGGCAUGAAGCGCGAUCCGAAGUGGUGGCAUCUAAUCUAUAAGGCCGAGGUUGGGCAUGAGCUUAGCAAAGAUGUCUAUGUUAAGAUCCGUGACGUGCUUGCGAUAGUUGCGACAGAAAAACGUCUUUCUCUGAAAGGUCGACCGAAAGCGACUAUGUAUGUCGAAGAUGUAGCCGAGUUUGCACGAGUGAUUCUUUCCACAACAGAGAUGACCUUUCCUUGUGGCUGCCGUCCGGGGGCACUAUUGAAACUUCGCUUCCAGGACCUCAAGUUGACAUUAGUACGAGAUCCAAAUGGUGGACGACCCCGACUGUUCAUUUAUUUGAGGCCAGAAUUCACAAAAACAUUUCUUGGCGCGAAAGAGUCGAAUACGUUCCCAAUUCCGGAAAUUAUCUUUGAUCCCACCCUGGUUCUCAGUCCUUAUGUUUUUCUGUUGGGUAUGCUCUUUAGGAUUGGCGCAUUCAAAAGUCUGUCUAAAGACGGCCCUGUGAUGGAUUGCCCUAAGAAAUUGUACCGUCUCCGGGUCCUCCAUGGACUUGCAUUACGGGAGCCUGGUGGGAUUCGAAUCGCACUAGAAGAAAAACUUACCAAGGGAUGGCUGAGUUACCGAAUGAAACGAGGUAGUGAAAUUACAGGUUUCGCGGAAGUCGCAAAGCCCUAUUACCUCCGAUACGGUGUAGCAAAAGCGUUCAACGAUAGCUCGGAUGUGUCCAAUGAACUACAGAACGUGAUGCUGCAGCAUGCUAGUAUCGACACUUUUGUUCGGCACUAUAGCGUGGAGGAUUCGAGCUGUAUCAAUGACAUUCCCCGUGUCCGCACUCUAGAAGAGAGGAAGCAGGCUGCAUUACAGCGGGAGUUUGGUGAUAAUCUUUCACGGAGAAACUCCCCUUAUUUCCGAAUGAUCCACGAGCAGUAUGAUCGCUUAGUUAAGCAACUACGGAACGAGAAAGGGUGGCAACGGAACCGCUUGAUUCGUGAGAAUCUGGAGCGUUACAAGAACGAGCAGCCAGUGAUCGACAGCGAACGGCAACUUUCCGGAAAGGUUGUGGACGAAGAAGUAUUAGUUACGCUGGAGCGAACAGGCUAUAUGACACCGCAACAUAUGACACUUAUCGACACUGUCCUGACCAUGCCGGGUACGACGAUUGAGAAAGAAUAUGAGCGUCGAAUUGCUGCAAUCAAUGCAGUGAUUGCGGUCUAUGAUACAGAAGAGGGUGCACCCUCGCGGUCUCGUGUCACCCCAAAACGCUCCGCCGAUGCUAUCGAUAUGCUACCGGCUGCCCCCCUGCCUAAAAGGCAGAAUUCAACCCCUUCAGAUAAGAGCGACGAUAUUUUUUCCAAGGCCAUCGCUUCGGUUUACGUCAAAUCUCCAAAAGAGAGACCAACGAUCUGCUUUAUUUGCCUUGGUUCCCCUAGACUGCCACAAAACGAACGCUUGAUGAUAUACAAGAACUCUGGAUCUCUGAGCCGACACUUCGUCAACAAGCAUAUCAAGCCGUUUUCAAAUGACAUGCGCUGGUGCAUGGAACUGUCUCACGCUCUUCUAAAGCAGCCCUUGGGCUGA